CAUAGAAUGUGCCUGGUCCACUGGUAUGUUCCAGACCUGAAUAUAACAGAGACUAAAAGAAAGGUAAGGUCAUUUAGAGACGGUGUGUGCAGGUAACAGCUGCUAUUGAUAGGUGAAGAAGAAAGUCACAAAAUUUGGUCCCACUUUACAACGACAAGCUGGGGAACUUUAUCACGCAAAUCCAUGGUACCCUCCACAACUUUCUUGCCCAUCACUUCCAGUCUUCGGUAGACAAUCAGCACAGGAUGCAUUCUCAGCGCCCCCUGGCGCAGGCAGUACCUCCCUCACUGGGCCAGAAUCUGAGAGACCUGGCGUACGGCUUUGGCCAUGGAAAAAACCUGCAGGGGGGGAGCAUGGCCUAUGCUGUGAUCCAAUCUCUGAAAGAGUGUUUUUAUUUCCUGCUCUGCUGCUGGUGCAUCAAAGAGAUCCUGGAUUGAAACACAGAAAAGAGAAACCAAAGAUAAUACAGUGUCCCUGAUUGAAGUGGUUUCCAGCCUGUUCUGUUAAGCAGACCCAUCAUAGAGGGCACUGAACAUGACAUAAAGAAAAAGGCCUCCCUGUGCACAGAUCCAAAUGCAAUACUUUUAGGGUUUGUGCUAAAAGAAAUGAUGAUUCUGAAGCCCUUUCACUCACCUGCCGCUUCACGUUUACCUGCUAGCGCUAUCCAUAGCAUAUGACAUCUGUUAACCAGCAACGGUGAAGGCUAUUCCUUCUUUCUCUGAGAUCAGCCAGCUGCAUAUUUUCUCCACAGAUGCUCAUGAUUGGCUAGUGUUGCUCUAAUUGAGGCUCCCAAUCAGAGAGCACAGCCUCUUCUCCAGUUACAAAUGGCUGUGGUAGCAUCAGGAUGUAAACUUUCUAACGCCUAGUGAUUACAUUGUUUAAAAAAAAAUUAUAAUAAAAAGAACAAGAGAGAA